AAGAAACCUUACAAGUUUUUAACUUCAAAGUUCUUUACUGCAAAAGCUUUUUUACCCAGAGGGGAAAAAACAAUUCAUUACAAAACUUUGCUGUCAUAACUCACUUUUACAUGCAAAUGCCUGCACGUCUUACCUUGGCCUUUAAGGGGUUUUACUGUAUUUGGUCAAACUCAAGGACACGCCAUAAACACACACCUGGCAUAAGUAUGAGGAAAUACAAUAGUAUGAGAAAUAAAUGAUUAUUUGACUGUGCAAAUCACAGCCUAUAUAUUGGGGCAUCACUUGAGGGACUUUACCAUUUUACACUGACUUACACGGAGAGCUUUACUACUUCCAGAAUGAAAGCUGUUCUCUUUCUUGUUUUCGGCCUUUUGGCCGUGGCAAAUGGCAAAAUUUUCACCCGAUGUGAUUUGGCACGGAAGCUCAAGGCUUCAGGAAUGGAUGGAUAUAAAGGGUACAGUCUGGCAAACUGGGUCUGUUUGGCUAAAUUUGAGUCAGACUACAACACCGCAACCAUCAACCGAAACUCUGAUGGAUCAAAGGAUUAUGGAAUUUUCCAGAUCAACAGUCGCUGGUGGUGCAAUAAUCAUCAGACACCUACAUCAAAUGGUUGUGGUAUCGAUUGUAGUGCACUGCUAACUGACAACAUUGACGUAGCCAUCCAGUGCGCCAAGCGUGUGGUCAGAGAUCCCAAUGGCAUAUCAGCUUGGGUGGCCUGGAGGAAUAAUUGCAAGGGUAAAGACCUGAGCUCGUAUGUUGCGGGCUGUGGGGUCUGAAGCACACUUCCUGUAGUGUACUGAGAAGACUACCACCAGAAAGCUGUUUGCUGUCUGAUCAUACAAUUAACUAAGUGAUUCGGAGGUGAAUUGAUCCAUCCAGUGAGGAGAGUCAUAAUUUUACAAUCUUGUCUAAAGCAGAAUAGAGAAAGAAAAAUAUGAUUAAAACAAGAACCAUGUGUCAGAUUGUCAUGCCUUAUUACCAACUGCUGAUUUUGUUCUAGCUGUUCCUUAUUCUCUGUUCUGACAAUAGGCACUGUGUUCUUGUUUGUUUUUUCCUUUGUGCCAAUCAGUGUCCUCCCUCCCAUAUUGAAAAAUCCACCCAUUCAGAAAUAAAGUUCCUAUU